AUGGUGAAGACCAAGCAGCUAAUUAGAGAGAAGGUGUGGUUUCCUGGGAUCGAUAAGAUGGUGGAAGCUGUGGUCAGAAACUGUGAGGCAUGUCAACGGACAGUAGAGGAGAAGAAGAACCUGCCGUUAGUAAUGACACAGCUUCCCGACGGACCAUGGCUAUCACUCGCAGCAGACUUUGCUGGUCCACUACCUGGCAACAAGGACCAGAACGCUGCAGAUGACUGGGAUAGUACUAUGAUCGAAGAUACUUCGAAGGAUCAAACACUGGAAUCAUCUCAAUCGGGGGCUAUGACUGGAAACCUCGAAUCAGCAUCAACUGGGCAAGGUUCCAAGGACCCAACCGCCGUUGAGGCCAGGGCACCGCUGGAAGAACCAAGGCGCUAUCCAAUACACCUUAACCGAGGGCAGCCUCCACAGAAGUUUGGAGACACCGUACUCUACUGA